UUCUGACACGGAGAAAGGGAGAGAGAUGGGAAUGGUUGGUAAUAAUUGGUUCCCUUCGGUGCUCAAAGUUCCUUUGGGUAGGCAACUACAGAACAAAACAUUAUGGCGAUGUAUAGUUCCUCCUUAUCUUAACUACCCUACAAGGCUCACUCCAAUAUCUUGUAAACUCCCAGAAAGUGGGACUGAGGACAACCCCACCUUCACAGGCAAGAGGCUUCACAAGAACAAGGACAGGAUGGAGGACUACAACGUCGCUAUGAAGAGAAUGAUGAGGAACCCUUAUGAGUAUCACCAUGAUCUCGGUAUGAAUUAUACUUUUAUAACGGACUACUUGAUUGUGGGCUCUCAACCACAGAAACCGGAAGACAUAGAUCACCUAAAAAAAGAAGAGGGUGUGACAUACAUUCUAAAUUUGCAACAGGACAAGGAUGUUGAUUACUGGGGAAUAGAUUUACAGUCAAUAAUAAGAAGGUGUCACGAACUUGAAAUUGGCCACAUUAGGAGACCGGCAAAAGACUUUGAUCCAGGGUCCUUGCGAAGUGAACUACCUAAAGCAGUUGCAUCCUUAGAAUGGGCAAUUUCUCAGGGGAAAGGAAGAGUUUAUGUACACUGUACUGCAGGGCUUGGAAGAGCUCCAGCGGUGGCAAUUGCUUAUUUGUUCUGGUUUUGUCGCAUGAAUCUAAAUGAAGCUUAUGAUAUGCUAACUUCAAAGAGACCUUGUGGACCAAAUAAAACAGCAAUACGUGGAGCUACUUAUGAUUUGUCUAAGAAUGAUCCAUUCAAGGAGCCAUUUGAGAAUCUUCCAGAAUAUGCAUUUGAGGAUAUAGCAGACUGGGAAAGAAACUUGAUCCAAGAUCGUGUUCGCUCCCUUCGUAAUACUUGACAACUUAGGCAAGUGUUUCUGACUUUCUGCUAUGAAAAAGAUUGUAUUAUUAUGUUUCUCAGAAUCUGCAUUGCAUAUAUCACCCCAUAUUGAGAUGCAAUGUUGUAUCUGUCAUGAAGAGUAUCUGAUAUUCCUACACAGAUUGGCACCCUUCCUGGGAUGGUGUCAUGAUAUUUUUUCAAGCAUAUUCAUACUGAUAUUGGCAUAUAUAGCCAAUAACGUGUAUGAAAUAUUCAGUUUAGUAUAGAGUGGUAAAACAAUUCUGCGAAUAAUGCACACCAUAAUUGUAAACUUCUUCAUAAUAUCUGAGAAUGAAAAGUGCUCAAUACUUCUUUUUCUACUA